CGGUUCGAGUCAAAAUCGGUUUUCAUCGGGAUGGCUUUUGUGCUAACGUAUUUUUUCGCUUCGCCCAUGAAAAAUUUUUGCUUAAGAACGCGCUUUUGAAAAGUAUUUUUCUUUAGUUACUUCUACACUUUGAGCGUUCAAUUGUGGAUUGAUUGAAUUAGUGCAGACUUUAGUACGCCAGGUAAUAAAAAUUUCGCAUCUAAAAGGUGUCAAUCAGAUUUUCAACGGUUGCCGAAAAUAAUGGAUGUGUCCGUCGUAGGAAUGGAUCCUUUGGACGAAAUUGAGCAAAAUGUAAUUCAACAGGCGCAUGAAAUAACAACAAACUCUGUUCGAAGGAUUCGGGAGCUUUGGACGGAGAUUUUCGAUGAACACAUCUGCCAGGACCACAUGAGUCGUCUUCCGGAGCAUAUUCAGACAUUUUUCGAAGAGGUUUACGAGGAAAGUGAGGGCCGGAAGCGAAAAAUUGUAGAAGCUAUCGAGGCGCUGCGACAUGAAGCCUGCAAUCUCAAACGGCUGCUGCAGGAAGAUCCGGGAGAUCUGGAGCCUCUACCGGGGACGCCUUUGCACAUGAUCCAGAUCAGUUUGGAUCGGAGCCUGGAGUUUAUGCGGGAAAAGUUGAAACUACGCCACGAUCAAAUCGACGAGUAUCUGUUCGAGCAGGAAACACUAUGUGAAGAGCUAGGCGAAAUCCCAAGAGAAUUAAAGAAAGACCCCCUCCCGUCAGAAGCUGACAUAUGCGAAUUCCGAUCCUAUUUGGAUAAUCUUCGUGCGGAGAAGCUGCAACGGUUUGAUGACAUAUCAGCAAUGCGUCGUGAAAUUAAAAUAAUGAUGAACCUACUGGAGAUAGUACCUCAAUCGGACCGGCAAGAGGAGCUGAUCAAUGCGCGUAAUUUUCCGCCAACGAGAUACAACCUUACCGAGCUACGCCAUUUGCAUGAAAUGGUUCGUUCACAAUCGGAAGAUUUAAAGGAAAAUAUCGAUCGAAUCCGGGACAAGCUACAAACUUUGUGGACCUAUCUCGCCAUAAGUCCAUCAAUCGUGAAACGAUUUCAGAAGUAUGACGAUUACACACAGACCACCUACGACAAGCUGUUUGCCGAGCUGGACCGGUGCGAGACACUUCGACGGGAAAAUAUCCAGGCGUUUGUUGAUCGAACCCGGGUUGAAAUCGUACAAUGGUGGGAUAAAUGUCUCAAAUCAGAGGAAGAGCGCUCACGUUUUUCCACAUUCAAAAGCGAUGUAUACAACGAAGAUUUACUAACAUUGCACGAAAUGGAAUUGAGCGAUUUGAAAGAGUUCUAUCGGAAUAAUGAAAUUAUCUUCCAGUUGGUCGAACAACGCAAAGAAAUGUGGGAAAAAAUGAUAUCAUUGGAGCAAAAGUCCAACGAUCCCUCCAGAUACAAUAACCGCGGAGGUAAGCUGCUCGAAGAGGAAAAGGAACGCAAGCGGAUCAAUGUUCAGCUACCGAAAAUCGAGAACAAACUAUUGGAAGCUUGCAAGCGAUAUGAGCUCGAGAAUAAACGUAAAUUCACGGUAUUCGGUGAAUACAUCGAGGAAGUGGUUCGCGAACAGUGGAAGAGGCGCGAGGAAGGAAAGCUGCAUUCCAGCGCUCGGAAAAAGGCAAAUAUGGCCACUCCCACCGCCAAUAAUCGAACGGCUAUGGCGCGAACCCCGAAAACGGCCGAGACCUUGAUCAAGCACACCAGCAUCAGCAGUCGGACGAGACAUGCUGCUGGGAUGACCGCUGAAAUGUCGCUUAAAAGUUCCGCCAGCAAGUUACUUUCGGCAUCGAAACUAUCAUCGGCAGGGAUCAAACGAAAACUACCCUCGCCGAAAACCGGCGCCGUCAAACGGUCUCUUCUUAAGGAUUUAAACAGCCCGAGAACGUUUCUAAAGCCCGGAAUGCCGUUGUCGACUGGUAAAAAUCGAUUAGCACAGAAAUCCCCCGGAAAAAUUCCAACCAUCAAAGUAUACGAUACCAAGGGUGGAUCAUCGGCUGCUCAAAAAAGGCGAUCUCGGCGAAAAUCUCAAAACAAAUCACGUCGCAGUGCAAACAAAAUCCGUCCUGAAAUAGUUAUAUCAUCCAGCACAAAUACCACACUGCAGUCGGAAUCGGUUUCGUACGAGAAUUUCGAGAACUUUUUCGAGAGCAACACACCGAACCGGUCCUCCCUGAUGCCAGGUCGCGGCGAACUGGGGGCAGCAAUUGCUGCAACUCGCGCCAACACCCGCCGUCAGUACCGUAACCACGGCAUCUCGCAGCUAAAUGCCACCGGUAACCCGCUCAGCACUCCGUCCAAGAUCACCUUCCGGAAUCCGACGGCUUCGUCUACGAUGUUGGCCACCACGCUGCGAUCUCCGAGCAACACCACGGCCAGCGGCAAGAAGAUUAUGUCCACCGCGAAAAAUUGUCCAAUAAUUUUCUAAGCUAGAAAUGUUGAUUGCAAAUCAGUUCAAUCGUCUGGCACCCUCCGUUCUAUGAACAUUCGAUAGGGUUGGCAAUAUGUUAAAUGUUAUAUUGUUCUAAUGAUUUAUACCCAGCUAGCAGUACAACACCCGAAACGAUUAGUAGUCGAUAAGUUAUUUAAGCCCUUUUUCUCGUAUUCCGUUUUCUUUUUUCUUGUAUUAUACACAUAAUUUUAACUAUACUGAAUAGAAAGAGAAACAUAUUUUUAGUUAAUUUUUAACAUGCUUGUGAUUGAAAUAAUUUUACGACUUUUUUUAUUUCGAACAUUUGAAUAUGGAAUUGCGUAAAGUCCUCGAAAAAAAAUUAAGGUAAAUUUUCCUCAAGCAUUAAUUUGAGUCAUUUGAAACAGAAAGGAUCGUAGAUCCAUUCUUCUGUAUAAAGCUUAUCAGAACUGUAAAACAACAGUCUAUCAAUAAAUUCAGAGUUUGGAAACAGAA